GAGACUAAUCGGCAACUCGAAAAGUGCCAACGAAAACCUCCAACGUGGAAUAUAUAAAUAUGGAAGAUGAUGUACUAAAUAAUCGAUCGUAUAGUUCGUUUUUUUAUGAGAUUUUUUUUCAUUUUGAAAGUAUUUGAUAUUAAAUUGCAAGUGUGUAAUUGAUCAUCAAAUAACAUUACAAUAACUAAAGAAAUUAUGAUCAUGAAAUUAUCAGCACUUGGGCUAUAUUUGAUAUACAUAAGCUGAUCCCAGGAAGCUGAUUUAAAUGAAUAAAGCCAUAUUUACGUUCGUCGAUUUACUGUAUUACUAAAUACGAACAUUUGGGAACUAAAUGCACGAAUGAAAAUGUAUUCUUUUUUAUUAAUGCAAGUUUAAUUUUUUUAAUACGAUUUGUCAGAUCUUUACCUCUGAGCCCGUGGAUCAACUGGAAUCAUGAACUUCUAGUUCUCUAUUUCCGAGUCUACACCAAACAGUAAAUACAGAUUCGUUACAUUGACAACAAAACUGGAUUUUAUCAUUGAGUAAUAAAAUGUCCAACACAGCAGAAUAUGUGCCAACUGUAGGAGAGGGUGUCUUGCAAGCUGUUCGUGGGGAGUUGGCGAAAAAAGAGCAGGUUCAGAAGAAACAUUACUUCAUGUUAAAUGAACUUCAAAAAAUGGCAAGGGAGCUACCUAUGCAAUAUCAACAGCGAAUGCCAUACGACUUGUUGUCAUCUUUGGCCAAUGCUCUGCUUGAUGGCACCGUGUAUGAGAUUGUCAGAAGUUUGAAGGAAGUUCAGCAGUUAGAAGAAAGGAACCUUUUUCAGCAGAGGAUGAAUAUUGUGAAUGAACACAAAGCGAUCAAAAAAGAUUUACAACGCAAGCAGAAGGAAGCCUUACAACACUGCCAGAUGGCAAAACCGCAUCAAUUGCCAUAUUUACAAGUACAGCAGGAGAGAGACUUUCAGACAAUGGAGAAGAAAUAUGAAGAUGAACUGAAGCGUAAAGACAUGAAAAUUAUUCUGGAGUUAGAUCAGAAAGUCAUGGAUCAACAAGUGACUUUAGAGAAAUCAGGAGUUCCAGGAUUCUUUGUGACUAAUAAACCGACAGAAAUUAAAUUACAGAUGCAUUUAUUGGAGUUUAUUAAUCGUAUGAGUGUUAUGUCUAUGCCCUUAUAGUCAAAGGAAAUACCAGUACACAUCACUGCACUGGAGAUGAUAAAUCACAUAUUUGGAAAGGAUAGGCAGCUGAUUCUGUACAUGCCUUUGAUAUAUUGUCGACUGACUACCAUUGAAAUUAAUUGGCAUUUUUAGAUGCCAGAUAGUCAAAUCAUCAUCCAACGAUUACAGUUUAAAUAUUUUAAUAUCUAUACCACUGGAGAAGAUGCAGUAGAUCAACCUGAAAUUAAAGUUACUGCGAUGUGUUUUGGAUGAGGAUGAAUUAAUGUGCAAUCCUACAGAUUUGAUGCAAUAUGAUGGAUUAAUGGAAAUGUCACUGUAUGGUACCAGUAGAGAUUGGCUGUGUAAUGUCUUGUUGACCCAAAAUAUAAAAAUCAACUGUACUUAUUGCAAUGUACAUAUUUAUUGUCUUUUCGGAUUAAAUCCCAGAAGGAUAUUUUUAUAAUGAAAUAUAAUUUAUAUAAU